AUGUCAAUAACGGAUCAAGGUGCGGGUAGCGAUGAUAACUCCCGGGCAACAUACCCUGAUCAACCAGAUCAAGAAGCCGAUCUGUCGCAACCCCAGGAUUUCCGUCGGAACACGGAGGGGUUGCACGAACCUAUAUCCUUCAAACCGAAACAUAAACAAAAACGACAGUCCCGAUUCAGUUUAUCAAGGCUCUUCUCGAAUACCGCCGGCGGAUCGAAUACAGGGCUAGGUCUUGCGGGAUCGCAAGGUGGACAAAAUGGAGACGCAUCGCCACUAGAUGCCUAUGAACCAGAGGAAUUGAAUAGAGACCCAAACUCAUCUAAAGAUGGUGCUCCUCUGGACUGGUAUGUGGAAGGUCCCGGUCGACGAGUCGGAUAUGACGAUUUUACUGCCAUCGAUUGGAUCUACGAGUAUACGAAAGAACGACAACGAAAGCGGCUAUUGUACUCUAGCGGUCAGGGUGUUUUAGGUCAUGCUGGCAACAUCUGGUUCGUCUUAGUUGCAACGGGAAUUGCUGUCGGAAUCAUCGCCGCAUGCAUUGAUAUCGCAACCAAUUGGCUCGGUGAUCUGAAAACUGGUUAUUGUAAAAGUGGCAGUGGUGGUGGAAAAUUCUAUUUGAAUCGAAGCUUUUGUUGCUGGGGUUUAGAUGAUCAUACAAAAUGCAUGGAUUGGACACCUUGGGGAUCUGCUCUCGGCUCCUCUUCUGUCGGUGGACGGUAUACAAUUGAAUACAUUUUUUACAUUGUGUUUUCCGUGGUAUUCGCAUCCAUCGCAUGUGUGUUGGUGCGCAAAUUUGCUAUAUAUGCCCGCCACAGUGGAAUCCCUGAGAUCAAGACUAUCCUUGGAGGUACCAUGAUUCGGCAUUUUAUGGGUCCUUGGACGCUUACUAUCAAGUCACUUGGCCUAUGUCUGGCAGUUGCGUCUGGUCUGUGGCUGGGAAAGGAAGGCCCGCUGGUUCACGUGGCAUGCUGCUGUGCCAAUAUCAUAAUGAAGCCUUUUGACAGCCUGAAUGGCAAUGAAGCACGAAAACGCGAAGUUCUUUCUGCAGCUGCUGCGGCGGGCAUAUCUGUUGCCUUCGGUGCGCCUAUUGGAGGUGUACUUUUCAGCUUAGAACAAUUGUCCUACUAUUUCCCAGACAAAACGAUGUGGCAGAGCUUUGUUUGCGCAAUGGUCGCGGCUGUCACAUUGCAAGCCAUCAACCCAUUCCGCACCGGGAAGAUUGUGCUCUACCAAGUCACCUACACGCGAGGGUGGCACCGGUUCGAAAUCAUCCCAUUUAUCAUCCUUGGUAUUGUAGGUGGUCUUUUUGGGGCGUUCUUUAUCCGCGUGAACACCAAAAUUGCGCAAUGGCGCCGAUCUCGGGGCUGGUCACGACCGCUCUUGGAAGUGGCUGCAGUGGCACUUCUAACGGCUUUAAUCAACUUUCCAAACCAUUUUAUGAGAGCUCAAAACUCAGAGCUUGUUCAGGCAUUAUUUGCAGAAUGUAGUAGCGAGACGACCGAUCGCUUUGGCCUCUGCGUGUCAGGACCUGCAUCGCUAGCCAUUGUUGCUAUGUUAUUGGUGGGUGCUGCACUGGCCUUUUUGCUUGCUUCUUUGACCUUUGGACUUGAUAUCCCGGCUGGUAUCAUUCUCCCGUCUGUCGCUAUUGGUGCUCUGUACGGGCGAGCUUUGGGCAUGCUUGUUCGGAUGUGGCAAGAAGCGUAUCCCAAAGCUUUCCUGUUUUCCAAGUGUGAGCCUGACAUCCCUUGUGUAACGCCUGGUCUAUAUGCCAUUAUUGGCGCGGCGUCUGCUCUCGGUGGCGCAACUCGAAUGACUCUUUCAAUCGUUGUCAUCAUGUUCGAGUUGACCGGCGCUCUUACAUAUGUAAUUCCUAUCAUGAUUGCUGUUAUGCUAUCGAAAUGGUGUGGUGAUAUUUUCGGCAAACGUGGUAUCUACGAAUCAUGGAUCCAGCUAAAUGAAUACCCAUUCCUGGAUCACCGAGACGACACGAACCCACCAGAUGUUUCCGCCCAUCGUGUCAUGACGACUGUUGAUGAUGUGUCCGUGAUCACCGCCACUGGCCAUACCAUCAGCUCACUUCGCAGCCUUCUUUCUAACACCAGCUACCGUGGUUUUCCCGUCAUCACUGAGAUCUCGAAACCUAUCCUCUUAGGCUAUAUCACCCGCAAGGAGCUGUCCUUUGCAUUGAAGUUCUCUACUUCUCCCACGAACCGCAAUCUUGGCGACGAGACUCAAGUAUUCUUCGUUCAUCAACCAUUUGCAGACCCUGUGGAUACAUUGGAUCUCCGGCCUUGGAUGGAUCAAACUCCAAUAACGCUCAAUAGUAACAUCAGCUUCUUGAUCGUUUUACGGAUGUUCCAGCGUCUUGGCCUGCGUUAUGUUCUCUUUUCCAAUAAAGGAAUUUUCCAUGGUCUGUUGACCAAGAAAGAUGUCUGGGCAGUGCUCAAUGGCAUCGAGUUCCGUCGACAGGAGGCCCUCCGAGAUGAUGGAUUCCAUGACACUCGUGGAGCCGAGGAGGACGAUCCUGAUGCCAGUAUGAUGACUGACCCGUUUGAAGUGCGUAUGCGCUUCACAGCCCAGCUUCAACGCCUGAGCGCUACCGUCACGUCCUCGCAAAAAGCUGCCCACUAUGCGCUGAAGUACCGUGAUCUGGAUGAGGACCUUCACUCGUGCAUUUUAGAACAGCUUGAGAGAAACAACAUGAAUACUCGAGCCAACAUCAUGUCUUUCAUCGAACACUUUUGCGAAAUGGCAACCAAAGAAGGCCAUCUUCCCUAUGUGCGAAUGAUGCAACGCGACAUACUUCGUGUUGUCGAUGCAGUCGUUCCACCUGACGGCACCGGUGCAGCAAACGUCAAGCAUGUCCGACGAGUGCUAAGCAGUCUUCAAGCCAAACAGAUUCUCUCCGCUGAGGCUGUGACCGAGAUUGACGCAGCCCUCAAAGACCGCGACACUCACCCCGCACAUCUGGAAUUGGAGCAGGAUGAGGGUCAGGAAGAUAGUUCCCAUUCCAAAACAGGAACCCCUCGCAAUACCAAGGCGCACGUACGUGUCGACAAGCGUCAGAUCGAGCAGCGAAUUGAAGAAGAUCGCGAGCGGAACAAACGCCAACGAGAAAGCGCUUGGGCUGUUAGUGGAGACGACAUGGAUGAGUGCCAAAAGUUCUAUGACGAUGUCAGCGACAUUGGAGAAGAUGAUUUUAUCAACGCCCGCGAGGAGGCUGAAGAACGCCGGCUAUGCGGCGAGAGCGUCAUGAAACAAAAGGAGCGAGACCGCUCUUGA